AUGUCACCUCAGAGGCUUGCCACACGGCUAUGCGAAGAAGGGGACCGCCAUCUAGCCCAGCAGGAGUUGCCAGAAGCCACUGCUUUCUAUUUGGCUGCCUUCAGCUGCAGUGCCCCCACGGCCGUACAGAAAGUGAAUUCCCUAGACAAAGAGCUCUGGGAGAAAGUGGUAGCCACCUUGGAGAUGUGGUGCAAAGACAAGAGUCAGAUUCCCAAGAUCCAGAGCAAGAACUUGGACAUUGUGUCCCUCAAAGUGGAAAUAGCUGCUGCCUUUCUCUCCACCAUAAGUCCUGACAAUGUGGUAUCCUCGGUAUAUAAACUGGAGACCCUGCUCAGACGAGGAUGCUCAGAGGAGGUAGUGAGUAAAUGCAGUACUCUGCUCAAGGCUAACCCAAAGCACUCGAUGGAACUGCUGCUGCUGAGGGCGUUGGCAUGGGUGCUGUCAGGGGCACAAACAAGGAACGGAGUUGUGGACUAUCUCGAAGCAUUUGUGAUGCAUCGCGCUGAGGCAGUGGCCUAUGUGUGUACCAGGCAAAGAGAACACCUGCCACAGAUCAUCCAGGCCUUCUCUAAUUUUCUCUCAACAUGUCAGAAAGAAAGCCCAGAUUGUAGAUCCUUGGAGCAAUGGCUGGGCAACUGCUUUGACUUCCUGUCUGCAGUGGCACCAGAUGAUAUCUGCAUUUGCAGGAUGCAGGCAGAUUACCUGUUUAAGAAAAGCAAAUUUGAGGAGUGCGUGGCAGUUUGUAGCAAGGCCCUUAAGGGCUUGUCAGCAGGUAAUAAUCUCAGAGAUGAGAAAGCUUUGGGUCUGCUCUUGGAACGGGCUGCUGCAUAUUUCUUCUUGGGUGGACGGAUGCAGGAAAUGAUCCAGGAUUUAGCAGAAGCCUUUGCAGCUACCCCUGCCCAGGCAAUGAAGCACUUUGAAGAGCUUUUCUCACGACCUGAUACUGAGAAGAUAGAAGAACAGGCUAGAACUGUCCUGGAGGUGAAGUUUGCAGCAUACAGGGAGGCUGUGCGUGCUCGGCCUGAACUCAGAAGCGAUCACGGUACUGAACUUCUCCCUUCUGUAAUCCAGACAGUCCAGUUCCUCCUGCACAUCUCCCCAGGGUCCAAACGUGAGCUCAGUGUUCGGCUGGCAGACUGCCAUCUCCUGCAUGGACACAUCAGAACUGCCCUGGAAAUCUGUGACCACCUCUUAGCAGCAGAGCAGAAAACUUAUUACAAUACUCUCCUAGCAUUGCGAGGAUUCUGCUGCCUCCACAAUCAGAACCAGCAGCAAGCUCUGCAGGACUUUCAAAAAGUCAUUGAGCAUGAUUCCCCACAUCCCAGCAGUUGUAUUAAGGCCUUAUGUGGGCGUGGACUUAUCCGGAUUUCUGGUGGCAGCCACUACUUGACAGCCCUGGAUUAUAUCACAGCUUGCCAGUUAAAGCUGGAAGAAACCAUCUUCACAAUCAAGUCCUAUGUGCCGUGGAACCAAAGAGGACUGCUGCUAAAGGUUCUCCAAGAAGAGGGACAGAAGAUGCUCCAGAAGAAGAGGUACCCUGGAGGCAGCUCAGCCUGGGGACAGAAAAACAAACACAGCUGAUCAGAUUCCCAACAGAGUGGCUUGAGUAGUAGGGAGGGUACUGCCCUUGGGGUUUACCAGCUGGCUUCUCUCUUGGUGGAACUGGAUCUUUCUGAUGAAGCAUCACAGAUCCUUUGUGCUGAUGCUCUGUACCAGAUGGGCUGGGUAGAAGAAGCUCACAAACUACUCUUACUAGCACUCUCCAGAAAUCCACAAAGAUCUCCCAUCCUGGCUAGACUCGCACUUCUGCAAUUGAAGAAGGGUUUCUUGUAUGAUGGCAACCAGCUGCUAAAGAAAGUGAUCAAAAUUGGCGAUACCUCCUGCCUCCUGCCAAUCAUGGACAUUUUCAAAGAUGAAGAUCGGAAGCUGAUGGAAACUCACUGCCGUUUCAGAGCACUGACCAUCUUGAAGAACAAGCAGAAGGAUGCUGACAUCAAAGAGGCCAUUGCCUAUCUUUCUUUUGCCAUCAUUGCCUCAGGUGGCUCUGCUGAAGACUGUCUCCUCAUCAGGGCUCAGUGUUAUGGGCGCCUUGGUCAGAAGAAAACUGCUAUUUUUGAUUUUAAUGCUGUUCUAAAGGAGGACCCUGGGAAUGUUCAAGCUCUGAGUGGACGAGGAUUCGUUUACCUUGCUCUGAAGCAGCAGAAGGAGGCAGUACAAGAUUUGAUCUCGGCACUGAAGGCAGAGGCAGGAGCAGUGAUCCCAGCAAUCUUGUCUUUAAAGCAUGAAGCCCGGGAGUUGAUCGCUCAGUGGCUUCUUCAGCAUGGCAGGACUGUGUUAGCUGAGCUUGUUGCUACUAAAGACCUUUCAAAGGAACGAAGGACCCUCAGGGACCUCCUCGUGAUUGCGGGAGCACUAAUCAAAAUUUGCAAGGAUGCACAAUAUCACAUCUUCUAUACAGAUGUUUUGACUGCAAAUGGAAGGUAUGAAGAGGCCCUGGUUCACCUUCAGGAAGCAUUUGACCACUCUCGUGCUGAUGAGUUUGCUAAUGCAAGACUGGCUGUGUUGCAGCUGAAGAAGAGGAACAUGCCAGUGGCAGCUCACUCAUUCAGCAUCCUAGCUAGGAAGGAUGAAAGGGAGCUGAGGUUUCUCCUGAACUUCGUAGAUGCUAAGCAACAGCAGCAUCUCUCUCAGGUAGCAGUGCAAGAAGGAAAUGUGCUGAUUAAAGAAUAUCGCUAUGAGAAGGCUCUUGGUUAUUUUACCCUGGCUAUCUUGACAAGCAGAGAUAAUCCAAGAUACCUCCGACAGAGGGCUGCUUGCCUUAUGCACCUGAAAAAAUACGACAAAGCUUUAAAAGAUAUGGAGAAAGUAAUCCAGAACCAUGGCUCUAACAGUCUGAGAACGCGAGUUCAGGACCACUGUUCAAAAGGACUCCUGCUGUUGUCAGUGUCAGAGGAAGAAGCAGCAGUUAAGCAGUAUAUUGAAGCACUGCAGUUGGAUGAAUCUACAGCAUUGUGCAGCAUCAUGAAUGGCCCUGGCAGUGAAACUUUAGCCAGAACUUUUCAUAAGAUUGCACAAUACAAUUUUGAAAUGCAGCAUUAUGAAGAGGCCUGGAAAAUCACCGAUUAUGGCCUUAAAAUUGAUAAAAAUAAUCCUGAACUUAAGAAACUGAAAACAAGACUCAAGCGAGAGGCAUCAGGCUGUAGCAUACAUUAA